CGCGCGUAUAACGUACGUAAAUGUAACCACACAAUCGAAAUCGAGCCUGUCCAUUCCAAGCCGAGAUCAAAAUCAGGAAAAUACUUUAAAUUUUUGUCACUUUCGUCACCUUUUUGUCACAUUUGUUCAUGAAAUUCUCAGAAUCCUGACAAGAGAUGGCCAAUAAGGACAGUCGUGAGCAGCAGGACGCAGGAAGCAAGCGAGACGAGUCUCUGUCUCCCCUCCAACUCCCUGCAAUCACGGGAGAAGAGAAGGAUGUUGCUACCGCAGCUCACAGCCACUUUGAGGCGGGAAACUACAAUGGCUGCGUGGAGCAGGUCCGUAAGCUUGCUAACAUGCGUCCCACAGAUCCUAAGGUGCAGCACAACCUUGCAGUGGCACUCUUCUACCAGUCGGGAUGUAGAAAGGUGGAUGAGUAUAGACGCAGCCUUGGCAACGUUUGCAGUCAGGUACAUGUUGAUCUAGAGCAGAUUGAUUCUCUCGGGGAUGCGGAUCAAGCCAUCUUCUUUUUCAAUAAUGCUGUAUUACUCCAUCAUCUACGACAGCAUCAUCAGGCAAUCCGUGUCUUAGAGAAACUCUUCCAAGUUAUUGAGCCUUUAGAAGAGUGGGUAGCUGUGCGUAUCUUGCUUCUCUUGAUUGAGAGUUACCUGAUCACUCAUCAGCCUGACAAGGCUCUAGCUACCCUAGUCUACCUGGAGAAGCUCAUGCAGACCAGUGAAGCCAAAAAGGAGGCUGCAGACAAGGGGAAAGACAGCAAGGAUGAUGAGCACAGACCUGUGGAUACAGAGAAAGUGAAGGCCAAAAUUCAUCAGUUCAAAACCAAGUGCUACCUUCAACUGAAACAUCUCAAGUUCUGUAAGAGGGAGAUCAAGUCUGUCAAGACUGUCAUGAAUUCCAAUGGAGCGCAGUCGCCCAUCACGCUCUUCCUGAAGGCCAACUUUGAGUUUGAGAGGCAGAACAACCGCAAGGCCAUCAAGCUUCUGAACAGCUCUCCUGAGGGCCUGGACUAUAAUCAGAUGGGCCAAUGCAUCCCUGUCAUGUACUAUAAUAACCUGGUGUCUAUCCACUAUGCCAUGCACAAGUACCACUUGGGAGCACACUAUGCCAGGAGGGCUCUGCAGGAGAAUGCCACGGCUGUCAAGGAGCUGCCAAAGAAGUCUGGUCGAGCAAUCCAGACUCUGGGUAUGAACCACCAUCAUGAGCUUCUCUAUAACACUGGGAUCGUUCUACUGCAUGCAGGGCGCCCUCUGGCAGCCUUUGACUGUCUAGUGGAAGCAGUGCAGGUCUUUCCUACCAACCCCAGACUCUGGUUGAGACUAGCCGAGUGCUGCAUCGCCGCCAACAAGACAUUGAGUGAAGGAGAGAGUAAAGGUGGCAGCAAGCAGAGCAUCGUCCAUAGCACCAUAGGAACAGGAUCGCAUCGCAAGUUUAUCCUAUCCCCCGGAGGGCUGGAUACCAACUAUGGGACUGAUAUCCAGCCAGCAGCCAUGCCUGUAGCCUCCCUAGAGUUUGCCUCACUAUGCCUGAGUAACGCUCUCUCUCUUCUACCAGAGAAACCUGGUAGUGUACCUACCACGCCCAUCUCAUCCCAGAACAGUGUCGGUAGUGAGGCAUCCGACGCAGCAAGUAAGCUGAGCGGUCCUCCUACCAUUCCUGCUCCGCCCGGCCCCCCUCUCAAGCCCACAGAGGUGUCUAACCUGCGCUGCUCAGUGAUGGCUGCCACCGCCUAUGUGAGUCUCUCUCUAGGUGAUGAUGUCACAGCACUAGAGCAUGCCAGGUCAUUGCUGGGUCAACCCAAGCUGUCAGGAUCAUUACAGUUCCUGGCUCGAAUGUAUGCUGCAGAAGCUCUGCUGAAGCAUGACCAGAUAGGAGAGGCUAUCCAGCUCCUCAACCCUGAGACUGUAUGCGAUGUGUCUGUCAUCAUCACACCCACUCCAGACUUUGGUGAGAACAAGGACCGAGACCGUAAUGAAAAGAGCAACAACCACGAUGGUGGUAGCAGUGGUGGUGGUGGUGGAGGAGGAGGGGGUAAUAACAACAACACCAGUGAUCCUAACGAGGGUACAGAACCACGUAAGGUGAUCCAUCAGUACUACCCUGCUUCUAUCCAGGUUGCUAGAGCUCACAUGUUCUUCAAUCUGGCUACUACCCAUGUGUUCAGGAGUGAGUGGGACAAGGCAAGAAGAUGUCUGCAACAGGGCUGUAGCAUGGUACCAGUCCAUGACAUUCCCAAGCAAGCUCUCUAUACAGCCAUCUAUCUGGAGUUACAUACAGGAAACUACUCUCUGGCUCUCCAGAUGGUCAAGAAGCAGCAGUUGAUUCCCUACAUCAAGAUCACACCUGUUCCCUUCAUUGAACCCAUCAAUAGACCUGUACCAGUACCAGCUUCCAGCACCCCUUCAGGUUUCCCCGCACCCAUAGGGCCACCCUCAACCUCCCGCUCCUCCUCAUCAUUUGGCCUCCCCACUCCGAUAGGAGCGGGCAAACCAAGCGCAAACACCUGGAGAUGAACUGGCCGCCAUCGUGAGAUCUAAAAUAGUUGCCUCGUAAUCAUACUAUUAUCUCUUUCUAUUCUCUUUAUUAUCUACAUUCUAUCUGCAGUUGAAGUUCUAUUUUUGUGUUCUCAAUAAUUGCAAAGUAUAGACUUUUGAAUUGCUUGUAUCUUUAGCUUAUAUAUUAUAUGGAAAUAUGUUUACACUGAAUUCUUGUAGUGUAACGCUGCUUUAGCCUCAUCCUCAUAUGACGCUGUAAACCGCCUUAUGAAAAUCACCCAGCAAAAUACAAUGGCAUAAGCAUAGUGCACCUUUCAUCCUUCAAUGCAUGGAUAUGUGAGCACAUGCAGGGGCCUUUGUUAAGCACAGAUACUUAAUUCUAAGCGGAGUCAGCGCCAUGUGCUAUUUAUCUAUAUGUAAACAAAUCCAUAGUUUACCACAUCGUAUGCCAACAAGGCUUCAUCUUGGGGAAGGGUUCUUUUUUCUGUUAUAUUUAUCUUUAAUUGGGAGUUUUCUAGAUAGGUGCUUUUGACAGGAAAGCAGAAGUCUCAAUGGGAUUGCCUAGGUUCUGACCUACUGUGUUUUAACAAUAGCUCAAUUUAUAUGUCAAUGUUUACGAGAGAUAUUAAAACCGAUUUUUCGACCCAACCUUAAUUGAAGUUCUCUAACCUUAAAGAGAAAGAAAAUGGAAUGAUUUGAAUCAAUAUUAUUUAUUCGGCUAACUAGAAGAUGAAUUUCAGUCUCUUUUAUAGGGAUAGAAAAAGAAAUAUUGAUGUGCACAUUUCUCUAUAAGUUAUCAGGAAUUUUGAGUGUGGAAGAGAAAUUUAUUUCCAUGAUGAAUGCAAUAAUCUUUGAAUUGAUCCCAUUAUAUUGAAUCAAAAACUUGCUCCAGGCAGGGUAUACUACUUUACUUACAUUAUACAAUGAACUAAGAAUGCUGUAGGGUCCCAUUAUCAUUAUUUUGCUAGUAUGAUUGUAGAAGUUGCAGAGAUCUAUCUGUCUUGUUGCAUAUGAAUACUUCAUCCUAAAUAUAUUUUCAAUUUUGAAUUAACAGUCUUUGUAUGAUUUGUUUCCUGCUUAUGUACUAUGUACAAAUUACUACUUGCAUCACAUUAUGUUGAAUCAGAAAUGUGCAAAGAAAUGUUUAAAAACAGUUAAAUUAAACUAUAAUUAUAUUUUCACACUUAUUGAAAUCUUGUGUAGGCAUCUAUCUAUUAAGACAAACCAGUCUAUUAAUUUUUUAAUUUUUCAAUUGCCUGAGCUGAUUAAUUUUAUCUUCAGAUAAUUUGUUUAGUUUUUUGCAACCCACCCACCCACCAUCAUUUUUUCAGUUGGCAAUGCUGUGUAUUUUGCCAAUGAAAGAUUUGAGUGUAAGGGUAAGUUGCACCUCGGCCACAAUGGUUGAAGUGGCUACUGAAGUGUCCCAUCCCCCCCCCCCCCCACAAUUUUGCAUUGCAAGACCAUAUGAUUACCACAUUGAGAAAUGUUUGGCAUCAGAGGAAAACCCUUGUACCCCUGCAUAUGCAUUCAAUUCCAUGGCGUUAUUCCAUUCAUACAGUAUUUCUGUUGCACUAAACAUAUUGUAGUGCAAAACUUAAUUUUGCAAUAGAAUCAACUUUAUAUCUUUAGAAAUGUAUCUGAAUAUAUAUAUUAUGCUAAUGGCAUAUAAUGACAAAGGAGUAUUUUUUUCCUCUACCAUUGUAGUAGGGGGAAAAAUAAACUACUUAUCCAAAUGACAUAAUGCUUGUGCAACUGCAUAUGUUUACAAAUAAAACACUGUCUUAAGUAA